GACGGAGAAGAAGCCUGCACGGACGAAGCGUGUUUAGUCAACCUGGUGGCGCUGAACAACCAACUGUCGGCAGCGGAGAAGCUGCCAGCCGACCUCGAGGAACUCACGGUUUCGGUGCAGCGAACCUGCACUGCCGUCGGUCGCGUUGUUCCACGUUUAUCCUGGAUUGUUUUCGUGCGUUUCCACUGUAUAUUUAAAAUUCGAGCGAUACGUGAUAAGUGCAUAAAUUCCAUCGAAAAAAGUCAUUACACCUGGCGUCGCGAUGGUCAGCAAGGAUCCGAAGUUGGUCACCGCGGAGAUGGCAAACCCCUAUCUUAAACCACCCAGCAUGUCAACGAGUCAGUCUUUAAAGACUUUUAUUUACAAUGGUGAAACUGGUGCCGUCUUGGGCAGAACAGCCAGUAGCUGGGGUAAAAUAGGAUUGUUCUAUUUGAUAUUCUAUGGAGUACUGGCUGCAUUGGUUGCAAUUUGCUUCUGGGGCUUCUUUCAAACAUUGGAUCCAAGGAUACCGAGGUGGCAGUUAGAGCGUUCGAUAAUCGGAACAAAUCCUGGAUUAGGAUUCAGGCCACAACCACCAUUAGAAAAUGUGGAAAGCACAUUGAUUUGGUACAGAGGAACAGACAGUGAAAACUAUAAAUACUGGGUUGAUUCUUUGCAGGCAUUUCUAAAAGACUAUAUAACACCAGGCUCGGUUCCUGGUCUUGGUGCAAACAUUAAUAAGUGCGACUACAAUCAACCCCCUCCUCCUGGUAAGGUCUGCGACGUUGACGUUAAGAACUGGAAUCCUUGUACUAAAGAGAACCAAUACAAUUACCAUAAAUCCGCUCCAUGUAUAUUUCUUAAGCUGAAUAAGAUAUAUGCCUGGAGACCAGACUUUUACAAUGAUACAGAAUCAUUACCAGAAAAUAUGCCAUUGGAUCUCAAGGAGCAUAUUGCCAGUUUGAAAGCGAACAAUUCUUUACAACUCAAUACAGUUUGGGUAUCUUGUGAAGGAGAGAGUCCAGCAGAUCAAGAAAAUAUAGGACCAAUUCAUUAUAUCCCACGAAGAGGUUUCCCAGGUUACUUUUAUCCAUUUGAAAAUUCUGAGGGUUAUCUCAGUCCAUUGGUAGCUGUUCACUUUGUUCGACCUCGUACUGGCAUUUUAAUAAACGUAGAAUGCAAAGCGUGGGCGAAAAAUAUAAAACAUAAACGUCACGAGAAAUUAGGUGCAGUCCAUUUCGAGUUGAUGAUAGAUUAACGUUGUUUGCAUAACUGUCCUGGCCUCUUUGUUAAUAUACAGAAACUGGAUGAGAAUCUCAUGUUUUCUGACUUUUCAACACAGCUGGACGCUUUUGAAGCCGUCAGAAAAAGGUAACCGCUGCCAAAGUGGAUGAAACUUUUAUCGAGUACAAAGCUAAAAGGAUUUUUGAUAUUGCUAUGAUCAAAAAUCAAAUCUAUAUCAAUUUCUAGGCCCCAAAAUAUAUAUAGAUUACAUUAUUAUUCUACAGUUUCAAAUAUAUUCAUAUAACUUUAUUGGGAAUAAUUUUGUUCAACUUAACACAAAAAGCAAAUAUAUUUAUUGUAUGAAUAUAUUCUAACGAUAAAUGGUAAUUGAAUGAUACUCAUAUGGUAAAUGUUAACAAUAAAUAUUAGAUGUAUCUCUUUUUCUCGGUGUUAUAAUUAAAUGUAAUGGACAGCUUAUGUACCAUGUUUUCGGUUCUAUUGUUGAAUCACUUAAAAUUUUUAUUUGUUCUAUUAAAUUUGUUUUAGACAAUAUGAAUAUUUUUUACUUAAAAUCAGUAUCAAUUAUUGACAAACCUUAAUGUAAUUAAAGAUCUGAUUUUAAUAUUUAAGAAAGUAACAACAAUUUUAAACGUGCCUUACAUAAAUCUGAUUAUUAGAAGAUUGAGUACAGAUAACUCUCUGCUUAGAAGAUAGUUAUCAACAUUUUUAUCGUGAAAAUUCAUGUGUACUAAUGCUUAUUUAAAAAAAAAAAUAGAUCUCUUAAA